GAGGAGAGGAUGGUAGAGUAGAGUAGAGGAUGGUAGAGUAGAGAAUGGUAGAGUGGAGGCUGGUAGAGUAGAGUAGAGGAUGGUAGAGUAGAGUAGAGGAUGGUAGAGUAGAGUAGAAGAUGGUAGAGUAGAGAAUGGUAGAGUAGAGGCUGGUAGAGUAGAGUAGAGGCUGGUAGAGUAGAGUAGAGGAUGGUAGAGUAGAGAAUGGUAGAGUAGAGGAGAGGAUGGUAGAGUAGAGGACGGUAGAGUAGAGGAGAGGAUGGUAGAGUAAAGGAGAGGAUAGUAGAGAAGAGGAGAGAAUGGUAGAGAAGAGGAGAGGAUGGUAGCGAAGAGGAGAGGAUGGUAGAGAAAAGGACAGGAUGGUAGAGAAGAGGAUGGUAAAGUAGAGGAGAGGAUGGUAGAUUAAAGGAGAGGAUGGUAGAGAAGAGGAGAGGAUGGUAGAGGAGAGGAGAGGAUGGUGGAGAAGAGGAGAGGAUGGCAGAGUAGAGGAGAGGAUGGUAGAGGAGAGGAGAGGAUGGUAGAGUAGAGGAGAGGAUGGUAGAGAAGAGGAGAGGAUGGUAGAGUAGAGUAGAGGAUGGUAGAGUAGAGUAGAGGAUGUUAGAGUAAAGUAGAGGAUGGUAGAGUAGAGUAGAGGAUGGUAGAGUAGAGUAGAAGAUGGUAGAGGAGAGGAGAGGAUGGUAGAGUACUGUAGAGGAUGGUAGAGUAGAGAAUGGUAGAGUAGAGGCUGGUAGAGUAGAGGAUGGUAGAGGAUGGUAGAGUAGAGUAGAGGAUGGUAGAGUAGAGGAGAGGAUGGUAGAGUAGAGAAUGGUAGAGUAGAGGCUGGUAGAGUAGAGUAGAGGAUGGUAGAGUAGAGUAGAGGAUGGUAGAGUAGAGUAGAAGAUGUUAGAGUAGAGCAUGGUAGAGUAGAGUAGAAGAUGGUAGAGUAGAGUAGAGGAUGGUGGAGUAGAGGAUGGUAGAGUAGAGACUGGUAGAGUAGAGGAGAGGAUGGUAGAGUAGAGGAGAGGAUGGUAGAGUAGAGGAUGGUAGAUUAAAGGAGAGGAUGGUAGAGAAGAGGAGAGGAUGGUAGAGGAGAGGAGAGGAUGGUGGAGGAGAGGAGAGGAUGGCAGAGUAGAGGAGAGGAUGGUAGAGGAGAGGAGAGGAUGGUAGAGUAGAGGAGAGGAUGGUAGAGAAGGGGAGAGGAUGGUAGAGAAGAGGAGAGGAUGGUAGAGGAGAGGAGAGGAUGGUAGAGUAGUGUAGAGGAUGGUAGAGUAGAGAAUGGUAGAGUAGAGGCUGGUAGAGUAGAGUAGAGGAUGGUAGAGUAGAGUAGAGGAUGGUAGAGUAGAGGAGAGGAUGGUAGAGUAGAGGAGAGGAUGGUAGAGUAGAGUAGAAGAUGUUAGAGUAAAGUAGAGGAUGGUAGAGUAGAGUAGAGGAUGGUAGAGUAGAGUAGAAGAUGGUAGAGGAGAGGAGAGGAUGGUAGAGUACUGUAGAGGAUGGUAGAGUAGAGAAUGGUAGAGUAGAGGCUGGUAGAGUAGAGGAUGGUAGAGGAUGGUAGAGUAGAGUAGAGGAUGGUAGAGUAGAGGAGAGGAUGGUAGAGUAGAGUAGAAGAUGGUAGAGUAGAGUAGAGGAUGGUAGAGUAGAGAAUGGUAGAGUAGAGGCUGGUAGAGUAGAGUAGAGGAUGGUAGAGUAGAGUAGAGGAUGGUAGAGUAGAGUAGAAGAUGUUAGAGUAGAGCAUGGUAGAGUAGAGUAGAAGAUGGUAGAGUAGAGUAGAGGAUGGUGGAGUAGAGGAUGGUAGAGUAGAGACUGGUAGAGGAGAGGAGAGGAUGGUAGAGUAGAGGAGAGGAUGGUAGAGUAGAGGAUGGUAGAUUAAAGGAGAGGAUGGUAGAGAAGAGGAGAGGAUGGUAGAGGAGAGGAGAGGAUGGUGGAGGAGAGGAGAGGAUGGUAGAGUAGAGCAGAGGAUGGUAGAGAAGAGGAGAGGAUGGUAGAGGAGAGGUUGGUAGAGUAGAGGAGAGGAUGGUAGAGUAGAGUAGAGGAUGGUAGAGGAGAGGAGAGGAUGGUAGAGUAGAGUAGAGGAUGGUAGAGUGGAGAAUGGUAGAGUAGAGGCUGGUAGAGUAGAGUAGAGGAUGGUAGAGUAGAGUAGAAGAUGUUAGAGUAAAGUAGAGGAGAGGAUGGUAGAUUAAAGGAGAGGAAGGUAGAGAGGAGGAGAGGAUGGUAGAGUAGAGUAGAAGAUGGUAGAGUAGAAGAGAGGAUGGUAGAGUAGAGUAGAGGAUGGUAGAGGAGAGGAUGGUAGAGUAGAGUAGAAGAUGGUAGAGUAGAGGAUGGUGGAGUAGAGGAUGGUAGAGUAGAGUAGAAGAUGGUAGAGUAGAGUAGAGGAUGGUGGAGUAGAGGAUGGUAGAGUAGAGGCAGGUAGAGUAGAGUAGAGGAUGGUGGAGUGGAGUUGAGGAUUGUAGAGUAGAGUAGAGGAUGGUAGAGUAGAGUAGAGGAUGGUAGAGUAGAGUAGAGGAUGCUAGAGUAGAGUAGAGGAUGGUAGAGUAGAGAAUGGUAGAGUAGAGUAGAGGAUGGUAGAGUAGAGUAGAGGAUGCUAGAGUAGAGUAGAGGAUGGUAGAGUAGAGGACGGUAGAGUAGAGUAGAGGAUGGUAGAGUAGAGGACGGUAGAGUAGAGUAGAGGAGAGGAUGGUAGAGUAGAGGACGUUAGAGUAGAGGAUGGUAGAGUAGAGUAGAAGAUGGUAGAGUAGAGGAUGGUGGAGUAGAGGGCGGUAGAGUAGAGGAUGGUAGAGUAGAGGAGAGGAUGGUAGAGUAGAGGACGGUAGAGUAGAGUAGAGGAGAGGAUGGUAGAGUAGAGGACGUUAGAGUAGAGGAUGGUAGAGUUGAGUAGAAGAUGGUAGAGUAGAGGAUGGUGGAGUAGAGGGCGGUAGAGUUGAGGAUGGUAGAGUAGAGGACGGUAGAGUAGAGUAGAGGAUGGUAGAGUAGAGGACGGUAGAGUAGAGUAGAGGAGAGGAUGGUAGAGUAGAGGACGGUAGAGCAGAGUAGAGGAGAGGAUGGUAGAGUAGAGGACGGUAGAGCAGAGUAGAGGAGAGGAUGGUAGAGUAGAGUAGAAGAUGGUAGAGUAGAGUAGAGGAUGGUGGAGUAGAGGAUGGUAGAGUAGAGGCAGGUAGAGUAGAGUAGAGGAUGGUGGAGUGGAGUUGAGGAUUGUAGAGUAGAGUAGAGGAUGGUAGAGUAGAGUAGAGGAUGGUAGAGUAGAGUAGAGGAUGCUAGAGUAGAGUAGAGGAUGGUAGAGUAGAGAAUGGUAGAGUAGAGUAGAGGAUGGUAGAGUAGAGUAGAGGAUGCUAGAGUAGAGUAGAGGAUGGUAGAGUAGAGGACGGUAGAGUAGAGUAGAGGAUGGUAGAGUAGAGGACGGUAGAGUAGAGUAGAGGAGAGGAUGGUAGAGUAGAGGACGUUAGAGUAGAGGAUGGUAGAGUAGAGUAGAAGAUGGUAGAGUAGAGGAUGGUGGAGUAGAGGGCGGUAGAGUAGAGGAUGGUAGAGUAGAGGAGAGGAUGGUAGAGUAGAGGACGGUAGAGUAGAGUAGAGGAGAGGAUGGUAGAGUAGAGGACGUUAGAGUAGAGGAUGGUAGAGUUGAGUAGAAGAUGGUAGAGUAGAGGAUGGUGGAGUAGAGGGCGGUAGAGUUGAGUAGAGGAUGGUAGAGUAGAGGACGGUAGAGUAGAGUAGAGGAGAGGAUGGUAGAGUAGAGGACGGUAGAGCAGAGUAGAGGAGAGGAUGGUAGAGUAGAGGAGAGGAUGGUAGAGUAGAGUAGAGAAGGGCAGUAUAAUAAAGAGCUCAAGAGAAGAGAACAGAGCUGUGUUUUUUAAAGUGAGCUAGUGAAAUAGAAAACUAAACAAUCAUAUUGUUAUGAAAAUGCAUUAUGUAAAAUUAAUCAAACACUCUGCAUACGGUGGAAUAUCCUGUUGCUUUUUAAGUUACUAGAUGUGUAACAUCAUAAUAGGUAAUCUUUCCUCAGGAGAAAACAAAACGUUACUGAAAAGAAUGAGACGUAGAUUUGAGAUGACUCUACAGGUAAAAGAAAACAAAAAGAAGAGGGAGCUAAUAGAAAAUAAUCCCAUCAGCUUCAUUGAGAUGCGGCUGAAACAUCCCAUUAGCUGUACCUCAGGGAUUACCUCUCUUUGUCUCUUCUUGCAUCGUGCAAAUUUUCACACAACCUGUCUUUGCUCAUUUACAUUUUCUCUCACUCAAACACAUAGGUUGUCGUUUUUCAGACAGAGCGUUACUUCGAAUAGCAAAGGAAUUCUGUUAAAAGGUAACAGUUGCUGAGCCUGUAGAGUGAAAGUCAGCCGUGCAUAUGAGAAGGAGCAGGUGAAAUCUUCUAAACCCAUCCAAAUGUUUGAUUGAACUCUGAAAUGAAUCCAAACUGCUUAGCCCUUUGGUCGAAUUAACCGCUUCUGUUGCGGUGAAAGGAAAAGUGAAGUCCCUCAAGAAAGAGUGACGUCUGAUGUGAAAUAAAGUGGAAUAUUUCAAAGGACGUGCUGACGUUACCAUAAUCUCUGCAUAAUAGUCGCUACACAGCAGGUGAUGUUGGAGCCAUUUAUAAGACAUUCUAUGAAUCUAGGUUGGAGGAAAACCAGGAAAACUACUGCAUUCCAUUGAAUCCGCUUGGAACUACAUUACCCAGAGCUGAACCGUGCUCGAAAUGCUGUUAGAGCUAUCCCUAUCUCUGUGACAUUAGAAAAAGAAGAACACAAACUAUUAUACGGUUAUGCAUUUGUUGGAAGCAUAACCAAGUGUUGUUCAGCUGUAUCUUGGUGGAGAAGACAUUUCAAACAUGACAGGGACUCCUAGGCUUUACAAACAACUCUAAUACAGGAAAAGACAAAGGGGUGGGUUUGGCUCACACAUUUAUGGGCGUGUCAGUCAUGGAGGGUCUCUGCUAGACUCCGCCUAAGUAGACAGCGCCUGACAGAGCCCCUCCCCUUAUUCCUGGAUUGGUCCAAUCUCCACCGGCCCCACCCAUUUCUCCAGACCCUCCAAGGAACGUGGCCGGAUCGAACCUCUUCUCACCCAGGUGCCGUCCGUUUGGUGAGGGCGGCGAGGGCUGUGCUGUGAUUGGUUGACUGCGGGUGGGAGUGCAAUGCGGAUUGGAGGAUGUCGGGGGACUGGGAUGAAGACCACCUGUGUAAGAAGGCGCUCACUCUGGUGGAGGAGUUGUGCUUACACUCCUCAGCGAAGGACAGCCAUGAAGCCAGAUGCCAAGACUUCGUCUACAUGAUGAGGGGACAGCAGCACGAAACAGAGAUCUCUGUCAGCCUGUUGUCGGUGAUCGUGACGUUCUGCGGGAUCGUCCUUCUCUCAGUCUCUCUCUUUGUCUCCUGGAAGCUCUGUUGGUUGCCAUGGCGAGACAAGGAGGGCGGGGGCCUGAGCUUGACAUCGGGGCUGAUGCCCGGGGGCGUGGGUGGGAUGGGCAGCAGUGGGGGGGCCUCCCUCCUACCUCCUGUCAUGCAGAGGAAGGCAUCCCACUCCUCACUCUACCCCUCCCUGGCCCAGUCCCAGCAGCAUCACCCCCACUUCUCUGACCUGGUGGGGGUGGAGAGUGGCCAGGGGGUGGGGGGCGUGGUGGGAGGCCCGGAACAGACCCAGGAACACUCCUACCUGGACAUGGACUCCUACCCCAACAACGCUGGGAAUCUUAAAUUGAGCCAGACGUCUCCAGAGUUGCCCCCCACCACUGAGGGGGGAGCUGCCCCACCCCACAAAGACAUGCCCAACGCCCACUCCCAGCAGCAGGUCACUGCACGGCCCAAGCCCAUGACUCACCAGUUGUCCAGCCCUGAUUUCCAUGGUGAGGAGAAGAGCGAGCAGGUGACCAGCAUUGGCCAAAUCAAACCGGAACUCUACAGACUGCGUGGGGGCGACCAGGGGGAAGGGAAAACAGGGGACAAUUGCGGCAAGAUCAGCUUCCUCCUGCGCUACGCCUUCAAUACAGAGCAGCUAGUGGUAAAGAUCCUGAAGGCUGUAGACCUGGCUGCCAAGGACGCCAACGGCUUCUCAGACCCCUACGUCAAGAUCUACCUACUGCCAGACAGGAAGAAGAAGUUCCAGACCAAGGUCCACAGAAAGACCCUAAACCCUAUCUUCAACGAGACGUUCCAGUUCGGUGUCCCCCUGGCAGAGCUGCACUCCCGGAAGCUACACUUCUCUGUCUACGACUUUGACCGCUUCUCCAGACACGACCUGAUUGGUCAAGUGGUUGUGGACAACCUUCUGGACUUCAGCGAGGGCACAGGGGAAAAGCCUGUCUGGAGGGACAUCGUGGAGGGCACUGCGGAGAAGGCUGACCUGGGGGAGCUGAACUUCUCUCUGUGUUACCUGCCCACGGCAGGCCGGCUCACUGCCACCGUCAUCAAGGCCACCAACCUUAAAGCCAUGGAUCUCACCGGCUUCUCAGACCCGUACGUGAAGGCUUCUCUGAUAUGUGACGGCCGCAGGCUAAAGAAGAGGAAGACAUCCAUUAAGAAGAAUACAUUGAACCCCACCUACAACGAGGCUCUAGUGUUUGACAUCCCUCAUGAGGACAUCGACAGGGUGUCCAUCAUCAUCGCUGUCAUGGACUAUGACUGUAUUGGUCAUAAUGAGGUCAUAGGAAUGUGUCGUGUGGGCAGUGACGCUGAGGGUCCUGGGAGGGAGCACUGGACUGCCAUGCUGGCCAACCCCCGCAAGCCCAUAGACCACUGGCACCAGCUCGUUGAGGAAAAACUUGUGGCCUCAUUUGUGUCAAAGAGUCCCGCAGCCUCUCCCAAGCCUCACAUCGUGGUGGACAGUCCUCACUCUGAGUAGAACUGUUAUUAUCAUCUUUCCAGUUCCACUUUCCUUUCAUUCUGCUCAUCUGUGAAUAAUUCUCUCCAUCAAACAAAGAGAGAUAAGGAGACACAUCGACUGCUACUGCUGUUCUACUGCUACUGCUGAAUAUUCCAACUCCUGUCCUGUUGCAACGAAGCACAGGAAAACAGAAUCUACAUUCUAUACAAGCAACACUUAGAACGCUCACACACACACACACACACACACACACACACACACACACACACACACACACACACACACACACACACACACACACACACACACACACACACAC